AUGGUGUUGUCAUGGUUGUUGAAUUCUCUCUCCAAAGAGAUAGCUGAAAGUGUGCUCUAUUCCAAAAGUGCCAAGGAGCUUUGGAGUGACCUGGAAGACAGAUAUGGACAAGCAAAUGGAGCAAAGCUUUUUCAGUUACAAAAGGAACUCAGUGCAGUAGUACAAGGUAAUAGCAGUGUAUCAGCCUAUUUCACUAAGAUGAAGAGUCUAUCGGAUGAACUAGAGGCUUUAAACACAUAUAUUGUUUGUUCGUGUGAAUGUAAGUGUGGUUCCAAGACCAAAACCCUUAAGGCCAUUCAAGAUGGUAGGCUGCUUCAAUUUCUGAUGGGUCUUAAUGAGGUUUUCAUAGGUGUGAGGAGUAACAUUCUUUUAACUGCACCACUUCCUAGCAUUAAACAGGCCUAUUGUUUGUCAGGUGGACACAGAAGGUUCAAUGACAACAGGGGACAUAAGGCACCUUAUGAUGCAAAGAAAAACACACCUGUUUGCACCUACUGUAAGAAGAUAGGACAUACCAUUGACAAAUGCUACAAGAUUCAUGGUUUUCCACCUGAUUUUAAGUUUACUAAGUCUAAGAAAUUCCAGCACACAACACAUGUGAACAAUGCUUUAGGAAUAGUUGAGGGGUAUGAGCAGGCUGGAAGUAGUUCUGGGAAUCCUAAGUCACUAACUCAAGAGAACAUUAGAGAGUUAUUACAGCUGCUUCAGCAAAUGAAACUAGGAAAGCAAACUGUUGAAGGUUCUGAGACCCCUGCAAAUGCAAAUUGUGCUGUUCAUAAGUUGUGUAAACAACUGCAACAAAAUGUCUUAUUCACCUCUACUUCUUGCUUUCUACAGGGCCCUUCAAUGAAGAAGCCAUUGGAAAUUGGUAAAGAAGUAGGGGGACUCUACUUUGUCAAGACAAGUCUUGCAGCAGCUAAAUUCAAGCCUAGUAUAGCGUCUAGUAGUCAUUUAGUUUCCAGCAGGAAGCAUUGUUUAGCUUCUUCUGCUUCUAUCUUUAAUUCUAAUAAGUUGUUUCAAUUCCAAUGUAAAGACUCAUCUAUGGCAUUAUAG